AUGUUUCGGGUUUUCCCCAGAGGUGUGGUGGUCUACAACGAGGAUAGGUCCUAUAAAUACAUCCGCCAGGUCACUUUUAUCAACGACAAAGAGAAACUAAAAGCCGGUUGGGAGCGACUGAGGCGCUACGCUCGACAUGUCCGGACGAUUUACUGGCGCAAUAGACACAUCCCCGACCAUUCAUACAGAACUAAGAUUCACCCCGACACCCUUCGCCUGCUUAACCAGUACGGUGACUUUGCCGAACCCCUAUUCCCCAACCUCCAAACCGUCCAUCUGCCUCUCAUCAAUGAGGACCCCAUUUCUACGGUUUUCUACCCUGCCCUCGUGCUAUCGCCUUCCGUCAAGACGGUUAUUAUCUCCCCAUCCAAAUUCGACGAAUCGCUUUGGGAAGAGCAGCCUCGAUUUUGGGACCACUCUGAUCAUCUGUGGGAUGCCGUAACUAGUCGAGUGGCAGAAGUCGCUCCUACCCUCACUUCGUUCAAGAUCGCGACCAGUGGAACGUUAAGCGCCCAUUUUUCCAACGGGUUUUCUGUGGCUGGAAGAUUACUCAAAGUCGAACGGGAGUUGUUUCCCGCCUUCUCAACGUCAUUGAAGAUUUUGGAUAUCGACUCGCUCAUCCUCGAAGGGAAGACCUUUGGGUGUUUGAACCACCUUACGAGGUUGGUCAAGCUCAAACUGACGCUUGUCCACCAACAAGCGGCUGAAAUGGCGGAGUUGGUAGCGUCGGCACUGUGCCUACCGUCCCUCGAGAAUCUAACGCUCAACCUCUUCGCCGCGGAGGCUACGCAUUCCAAGUUCUUCGAGAUCUUGGACGCGAGGAAGCUCCGGGUCCUCAAACUCAAAGUGUUUCUCCUUGAACCGUUGCGCAUUUACGACCCACACCCGCUGUUCGCUGCCCUUCGCGCGGAGCGAUUGGCGAACCUGGAAGAGCUGCACCUUUCACGCCGAUUGGAAGAGGACAGUCCGCUCCUCUGGUUCGAGCGCCUGGACGAGCCGAGGUUCGAACUAUCGCCGAGGACGUUCUUACCCCUCCUUCAACAAACCCCGUUUUCGAAUCUCAAAACCCUCCGCAUCGACCCGUGCAAGUCGUCCGCUUUGGACGACAGGAUCCUGGCCCAGUUGCUCCGUGGAUGGCCCAAGCUGGAGAAUUUCGAGUUGAGGGAUGAGACGAUGUCAGAUUCGGGGAGUGUUUCGUUGAUUACUGCGGGUGGGGUGAGGAGGGCGGUCGGGGCUGCGCCCUUGCUCCAGCGGCUGGUCCUGCGGUUCGACGCCACGUCGGUGCCACCGUCCGGCUCGGAUAGCGACGGUGCCUCCUCCAACAGAAGUAACAGCAACAGCGCCAACGAAACCACUUUGGACGACUUGCCACCACAUCCCAAUCUCACCGACCUCGACGCCUGCAUUUCCCACUUGCGCUCAGGGAGGCAGGUAGCCAAAUGGCUCAAGCGCGAUUUCCCGAAUCUGCGCGGGGUGAGGAGCUUUGGGCUGUAUAGGGAGGGAUUGGAUACGUUGUACCGGUUUGGAGAGGUGAAUGAUGAAAGAUAUGUUGAGAUGAUGCAACCGUACGAGCCGUGUAGUGUUAUGGUGGAUAGGUGGAAUGAUGUUUCGAGGUGUUUCAGGUGA